AUGAAAAUCAUAUUCUGGAAUGUCAAGGGCUGUAAUGCCCUUGAUAAACGCCGAUUGAUCAAGCGAGGGUUGGAUCAAUUAAGGCCAGAUGUUGUUUUUCUUCAAGAAACAAAGAUGGACAAUGGGGAAGAGAAGUCUCUUUUGGGGUCUUGGAAGCAGUGGUCGAGGGUCUUUGUGGAUUCGGAAGGAGCCUCGGGAGGAUUGGGUAUCCUCUGGAAUGCAAAUAUUCAUAAGGUGGAGGAAGGUUUGGCCUCCAAUAUGUGGCAAGUAUGUAAGUUACACUCUUACCCUCUAAAUGUUGACUUCACAAUAAUCAAUGUCUACGGACCGUGUAAAUCUGAGUUGCAAAAACGUUUUCGAAGAUCCUUGUCCUCCCUUAUUCGGGAUCUGGAGGGGCGUCUCUUGAUCAUCGAGGGGGACUUCAAUGCUAUUUUGGAACUAAGUGAGAAAUUGGGGGGCAAGGGUGAAAUUCCUACGAACCUUGCACACUUUCAAAAUUUUGUGACAAAAAAUGGCCUCAGGGAAAUCAAGUCCAAGGAAGGCCAGUUUACAUGGUCAAAUCGAAGGAUCUCUGGAUAG